CAUUAGCUAUUCCUAAUAUCCUGCUUUCGUCUUCGAUUAUCUGUCCUCGGCAGUCGGAAAGCAAUAAGUAACAAGCUUUAGUAUUUGCAUUGCAAUUUUUACUCCAAUUUUAAUUAGGUAUAUCAAUAACUAUCUUUGUAAAUGAGAAAAUUAAACGGGUUUCAAAAGAAAUUAGAUUUGGAAAUUAACUUGUCAUAACUGAUACUAGCGUAUGUUGCAACUCCAACGUUGCAAUAAAAAAACUGUUUGCCUCACUUGUAAUGGACUUUUAUUUUCAAUUACAUCAACUCGCAAGGUCAAAAUAACAAUUUGGAUCGACAAUUAAUUUAUUUAAUUCAUUAGCUUUACACCUUGUAAGAUCAAUAAUACUGCAGAAGGAAUACAGAAACAUUUCAUACAGAAAACAUAUUCCAGAUAACGCAUUUUGAUUGGUUAUUUCUAUAUUUAAGAACAUCCCACUAAGUAAACGUAAACAAUCAAGUGGAAUUGAUAUAAGAAGAUAAUCGUGAACCGUUCUUGUAUUUACUCUGGAAUGACAGAUUCUUUUAUUCAAACCUAAGGUCAUUUGGAAUAAGCCUGAACAGUUAUAGUAUAAAUCGGAAAAAAAAUAUAAUGGAGGGAUACUAGUUCAAAAGAUACGGAUUUGGUUCUGGAGUCGUUGUGUGUAUGUGUUUUUUAACUAUAUAUUAUGAAUACAUUAAAGAAGGCACGCUAGAAUAUUAGGAAACAAACGAAAUAUUAAAUAUUUACGUUUCACAUUUAAUCGUCUAUAUCCUUUGUUAAUUUCAACUUUACUUUCGAAGAUUUUUGUACAUUCCUCCUUGAUAAAUGGAUUUAAUUCAAUAUCCAAUUGAAAUAAGUAUAUAAGAGAAGAUUUAUACAAUAUACUCUAGUUUUAUUUAGGAAAUCGACAUCUAAGUCAAAAAGCGAAGACUGAAAGAUAAACGUCAGCAUCAAUCAGUUAUAACACAGUUAAAAUAUUCAAAGAAAUUUUUGAAUUAAUCGAGUAGAACUAAUAUGAUUGACUUCUAGAAAUUACAAAAUUGCUCAUUGUGUAACCGAACUGUAUUGCAUUCGUAAACAAAACAUAUAAUCACAAAGGAGACAAGUUAAUUUGAUUUAUCGUCAACCACUUCGGAGGUUAACCUGGCUUUCCUCAUAUAAAAUAUUACUUUUAAUUAACAUUCUAAGGAAGUUCCUUAAUCAUGGAACACGUUCAGAAUUGUACAGUGCUUACAGUGAAUACAUCAACAGACAAUUCAACUUUCAUAGAAAUGGCAAUGAAAAUAGAAAGGAUGCAGCAACUGUUAUAUGGAGUAAUCGUUCCAAUGGUUUGUGCCUUUGGGUUUGUUGGUAAUAUCCUAAACGUAAUAGUAUUUACAAAAAAGAAAAGCAACAAGACGUUAGAUGACGUUGAAUACUGCACAACUAUAUGCCUGGUGGCUUUGGCAAUAUCGGACAUGAUGUUUUGUCUGACAACUUUCCCGAAUGCGUUUCUGUUACAACGACAUCUUUAUCAGAGGUCAGAAUUCAUGCUUUAUUAUCGGAUGUACAGUAUCACUGUCAUAAGCACAUUUAUUAUGAGUAGUACAAUGAUGACAGUGCUGACUGCAUUUAUGCGUUACCUGGCAAUCUGCCAUCCGUUCCGCUCCAGACAAUUCAUUACAAUUAAAUCAACAAUAACCGCCAUUGUGAUUGCAUAUCUUAUAUCAUUUGCAUUCAACAUACCGUACAUAUGGCGUUUUCGAACGGUAAAUUACUGCAUAAAUAUAGAUUAUCUAGUAACAAUUGAGAAUGGAACUUUAUUUUUUAAAACUACGUUUGUUUAUGUCUACAAAAUACUUUGGGCUAUAUGCGGAAACUUUAUUCCACUGAUAGUACUCUUGUAUUGCAACAUCCGACUGAUCAAAGCAUUGCAUUUGAGCAAACAACUACGCUUACUCCAUAGUCGUGACGACACUUCCUGUCUAUCUGCGCACAGACGAAUAAACAUUACCCUGAUCACGAUCAUCAUACUAUUCUUUAUACUGGUGGCUCCAUCAGAGAUAACAAAGUUUAUCUUUUACAUCAUGAAAGAGCAUACAACAGAUUUAUACACAUACAGAGUAGUUUCUGACGUCACGAAUACACUACAGUCUAUUAACUUCUCGGUCAACUUCAUUCUGUACUAUGUGAUUAUUGCUCCAUUCCGUAAAACCCUCCAUGAAUUCGUGUGCGCAUUUAAAAGACCAAAACGUAACACAAUGACACGUGAUCGUUCUUCAAAUAGCGGGAAACAAACCGUUGUAUUGUUAUCUAUCAGAGAUCCAAACAAGUUGUAAGAACAAUAUUAUUCUUUUUUGUUUUAUUUUCAAAAUAAAAGUUUAUUUCAAAUUUUG